UUUCAACCGAAUCAAAAGGGAAAAAGUACCACUAUCCAACCUUCAGCUUAGCGUGUGGCUGAUACAGUAUUAAUAAGUUAAGAGACGUACGAAAAUCGAUGCCAAGAUUUGGACAUGUGCAAGACUCUUGGCCCCAACCUUCGUACCCAUGUACAUACCUACAUGGAUGUAAGGUAAGCUUCAUGUGCAAAGUACAUACUGUUUCUUUACACCUUCAUCUUCAAUAUUCGUAACCGCAAUCAAAUGCAAGCUCCAACGGUACACAUCUAAGCUCCUCGAGUUUCUCGCCCACAAUUCCAAAAUCGGCUCGAACGUACUAUAUACAUCGGUGAACAAUAGAAAUGUCCUCCGGCUCGCCCUUCUCGUUGCGCCCUUGGCCUAUAGGCGACAAGAAACCGAAGAACCUCGGCGAGUUCAUCUCACGUAUCAGUGCCCAAAGCGGUGGCUUUCGCAACGUUACGGAAGCUAAGCUGCGCGAGGAGAUUGCAGCUCAGGAGGAUGGUCGCGUUGAAGCCGAGGGAUCUUCAGAGGAGGAAGAGGACGAAGAUGUUGAGUGGAAGAGUGUUACGGCAGCGCGAGAGGAAUUCUUAAAGAACAUCGAAGUUGCGCACCAAUCCGCCAUGUUAAGUCUCGACUUCGUAUCCCUCCUCCUUACGAAACAAGACCCAAGAGCUUUGAGCACGUUGUCGCCAGAGCUGCGCGAACUAGUCGGCAUUGGUACUCUAGGAGCUUCCAAGUUAAACGAAUCCAAUAUCACCGAAGCGCGAAGGCAAGAUGAUCUAGCCGUCGCGACGGGAUGGAGGCUCAUGGGAGUCAACAAUAUGGUAGACUCGGUUGUGGCAGCUGCGGAGAAACUCGAGAAAGAAAUGCAGCUGGAAACCAAGUACUGGGCCGAUGUCUUGACUGUUAGCGAGGGCGGUUGGGCUGUUUGUGCCGCGCCUCAGGAGCCACAUACAUUGGGUGUCCGAUUUGGUUUCGCUGAAUCCGCGCCCGAGUUUAGAAACAGCAGCAUCGCCCCCUUCAGACGCAAUGAUGAUGGUACUGUCCGUCUAGGGUUGGGUCGUGUUGGUGGGGGUUCCCAGAGAGUCCGUCUCACCCUCAAGAAGAAUGGUAAAAUCGUGGAUCAAUCACCUUUGCCUGGACGAAUACCCGACGACGCGCCUCUACAGGAUCGAGUUCGUGAAGCCAGAAAUACGGCCUUUCACCAGGAGCUUUGGUAUGAGAUCAACAGGGAAGCUCGCACCUUACUCUCCUCGGAUGUUUACUCGGAUUCUUCGAGUAUCACUUGGAAGCAGGAUCCAGAAACAGAUCUUAUCUUUACCCUCGAAGACCUUGGCGAACCGGAUAACUCACAUGAAAGGAUAACAAACAUGCAGUGCUCAUGCACGGCACUCUACAUCUACAUACAGUUUCUCCUAUUCCAGGGACACCGGCAGAACUACCACCGGCGUACUACUAUGGCACAACUCCCACUUAAUCGCAUACAAUCGCCCUAUGUUAUCUUGCGCGCAGUAAUCGCAAAUACCGAGUACUUCAGGGACUGCAAGGCUAUGACAGAUUUCUUGGACGAUCUGGUAUUUACAUUAAAGCGGGCCGGUAUCUCUACCGCUUCGUGCAAGUCGACCACCCAGCCGCUCACCCCUAUACUCCUUCAAGGCAACCUAACUCGUCGCAAUGCUAAGACCGAGCUUAACUUUAUCAACUAUCUCGCCGGUCGUCUAGAGUCUGCUUUUGAGCUGGCCAUUACCCCGGAAGUCAGAAUAUUUGGACGGGCCCGUAUCAUGGUCGUCCCUUACAUCCAGAUGCACUUCAAUAUCUCUCUAACACCGUUUUCUCCCCAAAAUAGCACCGCAGAGAGCAACAAGGGCGCCACAUCUACGGAUCAGGGAGCAAAAAAUCCCCUGGAAGAUCUGUACCCACCUGCCGAUCUUAACCGCGAAGCGUAUCCGAACGCAAAAGACGCCAUCUAUUAUAUUCAGCAGGCUACCAUACGCGCUCUUACACAAAUCCUUGCAGUGACUGCUGGGGAGAAGCUGGGAAGGGACGAUAUAUAUUGGACCGAGACAGUGCAUGGUCCCGGCGUAGUUGACCGAGAUGAUAGCGAGGCGAGGGUCAACAUCAAGGAGGAUAGCGACGGACGUCUUAUCCUGAGCCUCGACGGGCGAUGGAAGGACGGCAAUCGAACGGCUAGGCUCGUGUGGACGUGGAGGGCAGACCGCGGCGAUGAGAAAGGAGACAGCAUUACCGAUGCCGUGCUCCGGGUUAUGCAGAGCUAUUUGCCGCAACAGGACGACGGAGCGGCUGAUUAGACAUCAGACGACAUCCCUGCCAGCGAGUGUUCUAUCGCGACCUCCACUACCCUAGUCAACUCCCCCGUCACGGAAUAGUGUCAUGCGGUGGAGUAAACUUGGCUGUGCUAUCAAAAACGAUUUCCUUUUUGAAGAGGCGUCUGCUACCACGGAGGACUCGCCCAAGUGUGGGUGAGGCGGUAGGGUAUGCAUCCGGCAUUAUAUAUAUAGGUACCUAUGUAUAUCCCAGGUACUGAAUUAGCUACAAGCCGUAGUAGUUACAAGGCUCGAUAAUGCGAAGUUAACGACUGCGAAUAACGGACUAGGAGCUUCAAUCGUUGAAUAUCUCAUAUAAUCGCUCCAAUUAAGUAGGCAGCGCUCAAGCUAGCCUAAGAACUGCUUCUAUCUAGUUGUGGCUGUUGAAUAUAUCUAGAUAUUCAGCUUGUCCAUUACCCACGAACAUACCUCAGGUAAGUUUUAGGACCCACUAGUUAGCCCCUAUUAAAUGGCCUACCCCUGAACCACCAAGACACCUGCAAUAAAGGCGUUGCGUGUAUCAGUAGCACAAGUACUCAAGACAAAUAUCCUUCGCCUUUAUGUACGUUAUUAGUAGCUUGAAUAUAAUAUACUAGGGAGAUUUAUUCCGAUGUAGCGGACAAAGAACUUGUGAUAUCCGAUAUUAUCUUGGGUGUCUGACCUACUUUACC